UCAGGAAAAUACAACAGCUGGGACAAAGUGGAUCCAGCAGAACUUUUUAGCAAAGCUCCCACAGAAAAGAAAGAAGCUAAUCCCAAACUGACCAUGGUGAAGUUUUUACAGGUGGAGGGAAGAGGCUGUGAUUGUAUUGUCUUGUGGUUGGAUUGUGAUAAGGAAGGUGAAAACAUCUGUUUUGAAGUUCUUGAUGCUGUUCUUCCUGUUAUGAACAAACCUCGUAGCUCCGAAAGGACGAUUUACAGAGCUAAGUUCAGUUCUAUUACUGACACAGACAUCUGCAAUGCCAUGAACCACUUGGGAGAACCCAAUCGCAAUGAAGCUCUUUCAGUGGAUGCUCGCCAGGAGCUGGAUCUUAGAAUUGGCUGUGCGUUUACAAGGUUUCAGACUAAAUAUUUUCAGGGGAAAUACGGGAAUUUAGACAGCUCUCUCAUCUCCUUUGGGCCAUGUCAGACCCCAACACUUGGAUUCUGUGUUGAAAGACAUGACAAAAUCCAGUCAUUUAAGCCUGAGACUUACUGGGUGUUGCAAGCUAAAGUGAACCCUGAAAAAGAAAGUUCUCUCACUUUGGAUUGGGAUAGAGUGAGGAUGUUUGAUCGUGAGAUUGCUCAAAUGUUCCUGAAUAUAACAAAGAUGGAAAAAGAAGCAAAGGUAGAAUCUGUGAGUAAAAAAGAGAAGGUGAAGCAGAGACCACUGGCUCUGAACACGGUAGAGAUGCUACGAGUGGCCAGUGCUGCUUUAGGAAUGGGUCCUCAGCAUGCUAUGCAAAUAGCAGAGCGUCUUUAUAUGCAGGGUUAUAUUAGCUACCCUCGAACAGAAACUACCCAUUACCCAGAAAACUUUGACUUGAAAGGAUGUUUGAGACAGCAAGCCAAUAAUCCUUACUGGGCAGAAACUGUUAAAGCAUUGCUAUCAGAAGGCAUUAAUCGUCCCAGGAAAGGCCACGAUGCAGGCGACCAUCCUCCCAUCACCCCAAUGAGAGCUGCAACAGAAGCAGAAUUAGGUGGAGAUGGAUGGCGACUGUAUGAGUAUAUAACGAGGCAUUUCAUUGCCACUGUCAGUGCUGACUGCAAGUACCUGCAAACCACCAUUUCUUUCAGUAUUGGCCCUGAACGUUUUACCUGUAUUGGAAAAAUGGUAACUUCACCAGGGUUCACAGAAAUUAUGCCAUGGCACAGCAUCCCAUUAGAAGAGAGCCUUCCCCCCAGUGAGAAAGGAGAUCUUUUUCCAAUUGGUGAAAUAAAAUUGCUGGAAAAGCAAACCAGUCCUCCUGACUACCUGACAGAAGCAGAGCUUAUCACUCUGAUGGAGAAGCAUGGCAUUGGAACUGAUGCAAGUAUUCCGGUCCACAUUAACAACAUCUGCCAGCGAAACUAUGUCACAGUGGAGAGUGGUCGGAGACUGAAGCCUACAAACCUUGGCAUUGUUCUGGUUCAUGGUUAUUAUAAAAUAGAUGCAGAAUUGGUUCUACCUACGAUCCGCAGUGCUGUAGAGAAGCAACUCAACUUAAUAGCUCUGGGCAAAGCAAAUUAUCAUCAGGUUCUGGAGCACACCCUUGACAUUUUCAAAAGGAAAUUCCAUUAUUUUGUGGAUUCUAUUGCAGGUAUGGACGAACUGAUGGAAGUGUCUUUUUCACCCUUGGCUGCCACAGGUAAACCCCUUUCCCGCUGUGGUAAAUGCCAUCGUUUCAUGAAGUAUAUUCAGGCCAAACCAAGUCGUCUACACUGCUCUCACUGUGAUGACACCUACAGCCUCCCACAGAAUGGUACCAUUAAACUCUACAAAGAGUUACGUUGUCCCCUAGAUGACUUUGAGCUGGUGUUGUGGUCAUCUGGAUCCAGAGGAAAGAGCUACCCACUCUGUCCAUACUGUUACAACCAUCCCCCCUUCAGGGACAUGAAGAAAGGAAUGGGCUGUAAUGAAUGCACCCACCCCACGUGCCAGCAUUCUCUUAGCAUGCUUGGAAUUGGGCAGUGUGUUGAGUGUGAGAAUGGGGUUCUGGUGCUAGACUCGACAUCAGGUCCCAAGUGGAAGAUGGCCUGCAACAAAUGCAAUGUGAUUGUGCAUUUCUUUGAGAAUGCCCACAAAGUCCGAGUGUCGCCGGAGACCUGCGACUUGUGUGAGGCAGCCCUUGUGGACGUAGAUUUUAACAAAGCCAAGUCUCCUCUGCCUGGUGAUGAGACCCAGCAUUUGGGCUGCGUAUUCUGUGAUCCUGUGUUUCAAGAUCUGGUGGAGCUGAAACACGCAGCCAUGAGGCACCCCAUGCACCGUGGGGGACAGGGAAGGAGGCAAGGUCGAGGAAGAGGUAAAGGCCGGAGGCCUGGGGGAAGACUCAAUCCAAAGAAACCCAAGGACAAAAUGGCAGCUCUGGCUGCUUACUUUGUAUAAUGGCCACACAA